AUGACUACCUUUCAAGCUUACUUUGGGCCCCACACUCAAAUAUACACGAAUGAAAUCAAUUUUGACUGGACUCGUGUGGGCGUUACAAGACCUGAUCUUACUCAACAAGUAAUAAAACUACAACAAAGACGAAUUUUAAUUCCAGUCACGCCUAAAGUAAAAAAUAAAAAAGGAGAGUUUGAAACAAUACAGGACCGUGCUUUGGGAGAAUUAAGAAAUGCUCUCGAAAAAGCUUUAAGCAGAUUUGAAAAACGUCCGCCAAAGUUUCAAGAAAAUUGUCACACGAAUAUUCUUCAUGUGCAUUCUUGCUUUAACAGGGCAAUUAAAAAUCUGCAUAGUUAUUGUUGGGAGUAUCAAAAUUCUCCCAAAGUUACCAUAUCUCCCAAAGUUACCAAAAUUCCCACAGUCCCCAAAGUUCCCACAGUAUCCAAAGUUCCAGUCCCAAAACCACCCUUCACUGUCCCCCCCAAAACCUGGAAUGUAGUUGAAAGUGUUCCUAGAGCUUGGUCUUUACUUAAAAGUACUCCAAAAGAGAAGACUGGAUUACUAACUAAAUUAGAUAAUGUUAAAUAUAACAGAUCUAAUGAUAUUGGCAUUGGUUCAUCUCGAUAUAAUAAUAAAAUAUUUACUACAUCAAAGGGCGGUUCAUCAUCAUCUGGACUUAAUAAUAGUUUAUCUAUCACAUCUAGGAAAGGUAAAAUAGUUUCAUCUCAAACUAACAAACCAUUGGUUGGUGAUGCUCUAGAGUUCCCAAUUAUUAUUGACUGUGAUGAUGAAAAACAUUUUAAAGAUGGCGAUAGAGAAUUUCCGAUCUUACUGGACAGCGACGAUGAUGAUAAUAAAGAUUUUCAUGUAUUGGCUUUCGAUAAAAAUGAAUUUAAAAGUGUGAAAGUUGAAGAUGAUUCCUUGGGUGAUUUUAUUCCUGUUGAACCCCUCACAUUGUCAGAUCUUAAUGAACCAGAACGUGUUUUUAUUCGUGGUGACUAUGCCUCAAAUGAGUUUUAUGACCUGGAAGCAAUAAAUUCGCAAGGUGUAAGGAAUUUGCAGGGAAGAAGAAAUUUUCUGGUGGGAACAAAUUUGUUGCAAUCGGUAAAAAAGCUCAAGCAUGGUGAUAUUGGAUAUAUUAAAGAUUUGAGGACCGACCUACCACCAAUCCCUCUGAUAACCGACGAAACCUUCUAUGCUAUGGCGACUGGUUAUCAUUCUUUCAACGAACAAUGGGAGGCAUUAGAGUUCCUAGGUGAUAGGGUUUUAACAUCCUGCCUCUUAAAAUUCGCAAAAAAACGGUACGAAUCAAAAUAUUGUUCAAAAGAAAUCAGAAAAAGUGUCUCAGUAAUGGCCACCAACAAGAUUUUGGCGGCGUAUACCGUGACACUUGGUCUCCAUAAUCUUAAUCAUAUGGAUUUUCCGGUAAUAGUAAAGCUUCAUGCUGACGCUUUUGAAGCUUACUUUGGAGCAUAUUAUCUAGCUGUCGGGGAGCCGGAAACUUGUAGCUAUCUCGAGAUCUUAAUGACUCCGCUGUUCGAUCUUAUCGUCGAGCACAUCGCAUCUGGUAAUGCUAUUUCAUCUACAUGCGAUAUAGCAUCAAAGUACUUUUCAAUGCCAUGGAUGGUCGGUGAUCGUCUUAAAUGA